AUUCCUGAUUUGAGAAAAAAGUCUCGCCGAGAUUAUGUCAAAAAACGGCGGGUGGACAAACUGAAAUGCUCCAGGAGGACAUUCGUGAUGAUGAGUACUUGUUUGAGGAUGCUCAGAUCAGCAAAAGGGAAAAACAUGAACGAGAAUAUAAGAAAAAAAUUUACCAUUUGGCAGCAGAGCAUGCCAAAGCUGGAGAACUGGAAAAAGUUCAGAGAUACGAAAUGCCACAGGAAAAUCAGAAACCUGCCAAAUAUGAUGAGAGUGCAGUGGAAGAACUGGGACCUAAUUACGAGCAGAAGAAGUGGGAGGAAGACAAGCUUGGUUAUGCUGUUAUGAAAUUUGGCGCCAAAGACGCCAAGGACAAGAACAAGGUAAGUGACUUCAAUGGGUAAUGCUUAAGAUCAUGGAGAGGGGAGGGGAGGGGGGCUCAUUAAUUUUCCAAGCUUCAAUACCAGGGGACUGUAGAGAUAGACAUAGUUAAAGUGAGGUUUGUGUAAUGCAAAUGUAUACUGUAUCUAUGUUUUAUUGGCAGGAAGAGCCUGCGUGUUUCAAAUGAUGCACAUCUAAAAUAAAUUUUUUUAUGCAAAGUGACUAAAGGUGAUGUAAUUUAAUUUCUUCUUCAUUUUUUUUAUUUGUUUUUUUAAAUUUUCUGCCCAUGCAGAAAAAGGAUUAUGAUCUUGUUGUGGAUGAAGAUCAGAUUAAUUUUGUAAUGGCUGAACAGAUUCCAGGGACAAAAGAGAAGCAGGUGAGAUCUACAUGCAGAGUUGUACAAUUCUUCUAAUCUUGAAUAACAUAUUAUUAACCAGUAGUUAAAAAAAGAGAAGAAAAAUAUCAGCUUUGUCACUGUUUGGUGGAUUUACAGGAACCAGAGAUGAAUGACUAUCAGAAGAAAAGACUUACAAUUGAAGAGGUAAUUUAAAUCUUGUAGUCUUGUUUGGUUUGUUGAUUGAAUGCUCUUUUAAAAUGAAUUAAGUGACUGACUCACUGGCUGACAGACUGAGCCACUGAAUGGAAUGUGCAUGUCAAUUUCAGUUUUGUUGGGCAUCUCUCUUUUGUUGAAUAUUUACAGACAAAAAAAAGUUUACCAGUUUACCCAUAUAGAGAAAGCCUUAUUGAAGCCAUCAGAGAACAUCAGGUAAUUACGUAAUGAAUGAAGGAUACAGACUCUUGUUUUAGCUUUCAAAGAUCUUCUUCAUUAUUAUUCUUCAUUAUUUUGGUUUGCUUCUUUGAGGGGUUAUUCUUCUGAUUCUUAAGUCAGAAUGAAAAUGUUAACAAUGUACAGUACUUGUGCUUUGACAAUAGUUUCUUUCUUUUCAAUUUUUGGGCAAUGUGCCUAGCACCAGUAAAGGAUUAUCCAGUUAUUACCACAGCACCAGGGCUAUGGAUUAAAUUGCCUCUUAGCAUUCAAAAAUCUCCAUCAACAGCUGCAUGUAGUUUUAAUAAGAAUUUAAAGGCUUAUCUUUUCAAAGAAGCUAAUAUCACUUGUACAUGUUAUUUUUGAUAAAUGGGUUUAAAUAUAUUUUUUUUUAGUUUUGCAGAUUUAUCUUGGUACAUGUAGGUUUAGAUUUUAGUUUUUACCCUAGCAUCAUGAUUUUAAGGUGCUAUGGAAGAUUAGCUAAAUGGUGCUAUUUGUAUUGGUAUUAUAAUUAUUAUUGUUAUUAUUAUUAUCAAAUGUAAGGUUUAUGAACAACAGCCUACUUAGCGUUUCUAAGAACUGGCCAUUCUUUCUGUUUGAUUUGGAAGGAAAUUUUUGUCACCUUGUAGGCAGAUAUGCAUUUUCUAUGUUCACCAAAAUGCCUUUCUCCGUGUUCACCGUGUUUUUGCAUCAAAUCAGUUCUCUGCACGAUUAUCAUGUAAGAGAGGCUGACAUAGAUUAACCAGAUUUUUCUUCCAUGUUUACCCUUUAGCCCGACUGCCUCCUGGUUAGCUCAAUUGGUUAGAGCGCUGGACUGUUGUGCAGGAGGUCGAGGGUUCAAGCUCCAGCCAGACCAACACUCAAGGUCUUAAAAUAACUGAGGAGAAUGUGCUACCUUUCUAUAAUGUCAAGAAAAGGAUAGACAUUCUAGUCUUCUUGGAUAAGGAUGAAUAAACUGUAGGUCCCGUCUCCUGCUUCUAUUAAUUAGUAAUUUUGGUUAGGCAGGGGAUGUUAAAGAACCCACUCGCGAGAUUACUGUGAUGUGGUCUGGCCUGUUUACUGGAAAUUUGGGGGUCCUGGCCUUGUAAAUUGUUAACGUGGGAUCCACUGUAAUUGGCUAAAGUUGUAGUGGUCUCCCUGCCUGAGAUAAUUAGGCGAAGCGAAAUAAAUAAAAAUAGCCCUUAAAGGUGACUUCCAUCUAAUUUUUCCUUACAAUAUCACCCUUAUAUCAAACAUAAAGAUCACGAGAAAAGAUAUAAUUAUCACCAACUCAAGAAGCUUGUGAUUGUUAAACAAGUUCUCCCCUUCAGCACCUUAGGAAAUGUUUACUGAUGUUAGGUUGUAAUGGGCUAAGGAACUCAUCUUUACUCAUUGUUUUUAAUUGUAGGUUAUUAUCAUUGAAGGAGAGACAGGCUCAGGAAAGACCACACAAAUUCCGCAAUACCUUCAUGAAGCAGUAUGUCCAGUGUUCAUUCCUCACUAUUUAAGACAGGCUCUGGUGUUUUUAAUUUAAAAAAAUCUUCAUAUGUGAACGUUUAUGAGCAGCUGUAACGCGAGGUUGCAACUCUUGUGUAGGUGUCCUUGUGAUUGUCACGGAGUUUUACAGUGUUUCAUCAUGUUAGUGAUUGGGAGGAAAAAGUGGCUACGGUGCUUUACUGCAUCAUAACUGGCUAUGCUUAUAUAACGUGUGAUAUUAUUGAACAGGAAGUACAUCAAAAAAUAAUGAAAUAAACCCUAUUUUUAUCCCGUGGGAUAUGCCAAAUAAACGAAAUGGUCCCCUCAGGAGAACCAGAUUUUUUAAAUAGGCCACCGUUAAGAGUGUGAAAACUGACAUUUCGAGCGUCAGCCCUUCUUUAAAGUGAAGACUGUUCAUUAGUUAAUGUUCAUACUCAGCUUUGAAACUCUUAACGGUGGCCAAUAUACGUUAUCAACUCAGUUGAUAAUACUGAAUUACCCUGUUAUACUCUCCCACCGACGCAGCAUCACAGUUUCUUUAGAAACUUACCCCCUUUAUUCAUGCUUUGAUUUGAUUGGAUCUUGUGCUUUCCAUUCACUAGUCAGGUGUUACUGCAAUCUGCCUUACGGGGCCAAAGUUUGGGAGCAAGACAAAGUUUAUUGUUUCAGUAGCCUGCAAAUAAUUGCAUCUUUCAUUUCUGUCAGCCCACUGAGUGGUCUUUUGCCUCCUUACAUGGCAAUCCAUGGUUAAUAGAAUCAGGAAGAUUAAUUCACAUAUUGGGAAUCUUUUAGGGUGAAUGCACCACACAUUUUUUAAACUGUGUUCCUGGCAUCUUUUCUUUUAGGGCUUUACCAAGGGGAGGAUGAAAAUUGGUUGUACACAGCCUCGACGAGUCGCAGCAAUGAGCGUAGCAGCAAGAGUAUCUGAAGAGAUGGGUACAAAAUUAGGGAAUGAGGUACAAGUUUCAACAGCAAAGGCCCGACCACACGCACGUAACAUUUCAACGCGACAUCUUGUAACAUGUUGCGCACAAUGUGUUGCGCACGUUUGGCCAGCUUGUUUGAUGUUAUUGGACCAAGUUUGAAAAUAGUCAAAUUGUUGUGCGCGUUUGGCCAGCUCCUUCACAACAUCUCCCAACACGAUCCAACAAUGUUGCAAGAUUUUGCGUUGAAAUGUUGUGUGCGUGAAAUGUUGUGAGCCUUAAAAAGGAAAGAGUAUGAGCAAAAUUUACGUUUAGUGGUUACCAAAUGGUUGCAGAAACCAGUUCAAGUUUUUGAAGUACUUCAGGGAUAUUUUGUCCUUUUUCUAGAAGAUAUGCUCAUUUAUCCGAUAUUGGAUUUUUCUUUUUGUGUUUUAAGACUUGAACUCUUUUUCAGGUUGGAUACAGUAUCCGUUUCGAAGAUUGCUGUUCAGAGCGAACCAUAAUAAAGGUAAGACUUUUAACCCUUUAAACUGUAACAUCUGUAUGCAUAUUCUCCAUACUGUUCGCUAUACAUUUUUCUAAGGUGCUGGCAAGGAGAAUUUGUAUGAAAAUCAAGAGCUUCUUUAUUUGGUGAUCAUUUCUCGUAUUCUCGUGACCUUAAUGUGUGAUUCAGCAGUGAUAUUUUAAGGAGAAAUUAGAUGCUGGUCAUUCUUAGGGGUCAAAGGGUUAACCUACCGUGCUGUUAUCAAAAUGUGUAACCUUACAAUACAUGGGUUCCAAGACCUGCAGUUUUCUUUCUAAGGGGAACGCAUCGAAACAAAGGUUAGAAACAGCAAAAUAGAUUUAUCUGUUGUAACGAUUUACAGAGAAAAUGUUCUUUUGACAGUGGAAAUUCCAGUUUACGUAUUAAUGGUGUUAUGGUGCGACGAGGAGAUAAACAUCUUACUUAAUGUAGUGUGGAUUUAAAGUGAUUGUCGUAAAACCUUAACCAAAGGCCAAAAGAGCAAAGGAAAAUAUCGCAAGAGAGAAAUUUGCGCUCAAAGCAAGAACAAGUAAGCUGCCUAAAGCGUGGUACAAGGCGGAAAACCGAGACGCGGUUGGUUUUAAUUGCGCAUUUGAUUGGUGGAAAGGGUGGCGCGAGUUUUUAGACCAAUUGCAGAGCGGAGUUUCAAUGCAAUUGCGGAUUACUGUGGACACUUCAUAGAGAUCAAUGCCUAGCUUAAGUUGUAUUAAUUGAAAUUGGAUCUUUAGUACAUGACUGAUGGAAUGUUGCUGCGUGAGUUCUUGGGUGAACCCGAUCUGGCUGGAUACAGGUUUGUUCCAACGUAUAAUACUUUAUAUACAUUGUACAUUAUUGUUAACAGAUCUGCCCAUACUAUCUUGCUCUUACAUACAAGUACAGUGAUUUUAGCUAGUGGCUAUUUGCCGGCGAGGUUUCCCUUUAAAAUGAUAAAUCUAUUCUCACCAAUUGUAGUUAUAAAUUCAAUGACCUGCCCUGUAAUCUUUUCCUGUACAAUCAUAUCGCCACUCUCGUUGUAUUUGGGUUCUCAUCAACUUGUUUCUCUGCAAGUCGACAUGACUUUGUGAUAGUUUCUUUGAUUAGAUGCAACUAAGUUGUUAUAAGUAUGUUCUAGGAAACAUGAAACUUCCUAUCCUCGCCCCCUCCCCCUUUUAAAAGAAAUAACAAGAAACGAACUCUCACUUCGGUUUGAGAUUCUAAGAAAUUAACCUAAACAUUUGAAAAUCGUUAUCGAAUGUGCCGCAUUUCGGCUCCGUACGCCUAGUCAAUAGUGCCUUCAUUUGUAGUUCCUGUUGGUUCCAAAAGAUCACUGAGAGAUGCAACUUAGAGGAGUGUGACUUGAUUUCGUCAAAGAUAAGGAGCCAGGUCGUUAAGCACUUUUCAAAAUGACGCCGACCAUGAUCGAAAGCUUAGCACAUUAGGAGAACAUUUUCGCAAGAUAGGCUUCCUAGCUGUGUAGUUUUGAGAAGCGGGAAGUGACCAACUUUCUAGAUGCUUUUUUUUUUUUUUUUUUUUUUGUAGCCGGAUAUGAAAAUUGUACGUGUGUGAUAUCUGGAUCAACUUUUACUUUAAUUAGCGUCGCGUUUCUGUUCGCAGUGUGCUUAUUAUCGACGAAGCUCACGAACGAACCCUCCACACUGAUGUCUUAUUUGGCCUGGUGAAGGACAUUGCUCGAUUCCGAAAAGAUCUUAAACUUCUGAUAUCCAGUGCGACUUUGGAUGCUGACAAGUUCUCCCAGGUAUGUCUUGACUACUUAGUAACCCGUGAGACUGGUGUCAUUUUUUUUUUCGUUUCUCGGGCCAGCAAAAAAGCGUAAGGAGAGCUCAAAGGGGAUAAACAUUCGCGAGGGGACGAACGCGCUCUCCCCGCGCUUUGACCGCGCUUUCCCCGCUCGCCUUAAAACAGGCCUACUAGGAAUCAAUUCUCAGACCUUCCGAUUACGCGGUCAGAUAACUUGGUAAUGAGUUAGACUAAAUACUAGGUUCGUAAGUGACGAAAGUUCUGAGAUCCAUGGACAUGAUGCCUUUGAUAUUUCUGGUCCUAGCAGUUUACAAGUAACGCUUGCCACAUGAAUCUAGUUUGUGGUUUGACUCAUGAACGAGUUUGUGGCUCAGCAGUAGUAGAGAAGGGUAAUAUCGGAAAGUCCGUGUGAUGAACCUUAAUGGGUGACCUAAAGUUUCUCUCAUUGUCCAUUGUUGGUGAUGAAUGUAUAAAAUCUUUCUUCAGCCUUUUCUUUUCAACGUCAAUUUCAUCUUUCGAAUAAGAUCGUGUAAAAGCCUUGUCUUUAUAUUUUAAAGUGUCUGCUACAAUUUACCUUUUAACAGCCUACUCCUAACGUAUCGAUUUCGAGAUAAAGCCUUUUUGCAACAUAGUAACCUUAUACAGGGGGGUUUGUCCAAAAUGAAAAAGAACUCUUCCUUGAAUCUCCCUCCCUUGGAAGAGAACCAAACUGUUAAGUAUAACAUACAUUGUACGUUUUACCUUCCAGUUCUUUGAUGAUGCACCCAUCUUUAGAAUUCCUGGUCGACGAUUUCCUGUGAAUAUUUAUUACACAAAGGUGAAGGAACAUAUCCCAUUUCUUUGUCAUUCUCCUACAAAAUCGUAUUUUAGCUUGUCUGUGUAUCUUCUCAACUUCUUAAGUUAAGAUGGAGUAUACUGUUCUCUGGUGAAACAUCAAUGACAAUAGCCUGGCUUUUUUAGAGACUAGAUAGCGUUUAUUCCCGUACCGAUUAUUUACUUGAAUCAAUAUGAACAAGGUUUUCCAGGAGGCACAGUGUAGUUUUGCUUCUAGAAAACUAGAUCAUUGUAGUUUUAAAUGUUAGUAUUAGAAUGUUAACUAUGCCAAAGCUUAGCCAGAUGCCUUGAGUCCUUCAAUUGGAACACUUAUAUUCAAACACACUUUCUUUAAGAAACAAAUUAAAGCUUCUGCUUUUGUACAAUAAUUAAUUCUCAUGUUAUCUUUGUUACUAAUUCCCCCUUUCCAUUCCCCCAUCACGAGAAGUUCUCUAUUAAGGGGAAACUUUUUAUAACCCCUUGGGCGUCUUGGGAUUGAUGUUUUACUCUUAAACAACAAAAUCUGAUUCCUCUUCAAGGACCCUCCGCGGCGUUCGUGACGAAUACAAGCAGUCAUUUUCUAUCAUGAGCAAACUUGCUAUGCUAUCUCCUGUCGUCGCUUUUGUUUUGGUUCAGUUAGUUUCGGAUGGGUAAAAAAUCAACCACAUGCUUUGUCAGAUCUAUUCUGAAAAUCAUCGUUCCCCGCGAAAAUUAAGUAAUUUAGUAAAUUACUACCUUUCAUUUCCAGGCUCCAGAAGCUGAUUAUCUGGAAGCUACGGUGGUGACUGUGCUACAGAUUCAUGUGACCCAACCCCCGGGGGACAUCCUGGUGUUUUUGACCGGCCAGGAAGAGAUCGAGACGUCACAGGAGUUGUUACAGGAGCGCACGCGCAAACUGGGCUCUAAAAUUAAUGAGCUGAUUAUUCUGCCCAUCUACGCUAAUCUACCGUCGGACUUACAAGCCAAGAUAUUCGAGCCCACCCCUCCUGGGGGAAGAAAGGUAAAUGUGAUUUUUUAAUUUUCUUAAUUUCUUUUUUUACUAUGAAAGACUAAGGUUAAAAAGCGAAUUCUGAAAGGAAUACCCUCGCCCACUGAAUUUCACGAAUCCUCCUGGCUUUACAUCCACCAUUUUCUUUUUUCAUGAUGCCUGAGCAGAUGCAUUUUGAUUAGAGUUUAGUAAGAUUAUCUUCUUUUGAAACUAGUCGUGCUGUGUCAGAACAGAUCUUUGACUUCUUGUUUUCCCAGAAUUUUACGAAUUCUUUCAUUUUUUCAUUCUUUAAAUUAGGAGGCUUUCAGACUGAGUAUAAACCUUUGCACGAAACAAGAACGGUGAUUAUUAAAAAUAUGUGUUUUUUUUUUAACUCAAAGCGUUUCAACCCCUAUUUCCAAAACAAGUAAAAGAGAUUGCUGGCAAUAUUUUUUCACAGGUUGUUUUAGCUACCAAUAUCGCCGAGACGUCGCUAACCAUUGAUGGUAUAAUCUAUGUUAUUGAUCCUGGAUUUUGUAAACAGAAAAGUUACAAUCCUCGCACAGGAAUGGAGUCAUUAGUGGUGACACCUAUUUCAAAAGUAGGUCUUGGUCUCAGAACUGUCUCUCCAAAGUGCCUCAAAAACGUCAAAUUUUUGAUGAAUUUUGCGGUGGUUAAGUAACCCACUAACUGUUAUGACGUUUCGUAGGCGUCAGCCAAUCAAAGAGCAGGUCGUGCGGGUCGCGUGGCAGCAGGCAAGUGUUUCAGGUUAUUCACAGCUUGGGCAUACAAGAACGAGCUGGAGGAGAACACCAUCCCCGAGGUAAUACUAUUCGUUCAAUUUAUUAGCUGUUGCUGAAGAUAAGUACUGCUGUAAAGAUUACUGUAUAUCUAGUCACUGAAUAAUUUAAUGUCCCUAAUCAUUGUCGGGGACAUAACUGUGGAAAGUGUACGGCUCGGUAAAUAUCCACCGUUGACUACCUCCACUUCGCUGAGUAUUUGUUAAUUAUCAUCUCGGCUGAAAAACCAAAUUAAGAUCUGUAUAAAGAAAUCUGGGUUUUAUUCGUAGCCUUGUGUUCAUAAUUAGGCAUUCUAUCACGUUGUCUUCCAAAUGCACGGAUGAUUUUUAUUUUUGAGAAAAGACAGGUUUAUGGCGGACGUGAGGUCGGGGAAUGGGGAUGUUUACUCGUAAUGAUUAAGGAUCAUAAUUGUAUCGAGGGCCAAGCCAUGGUCAUAUUUGUACAUUCAGGGGAUAUGGAAUACGCAAACUGUUUAAACUACUACGAUGUGCCUUCGUCUUUAUGUGGCAGGGAGGGUCUUAAAUCGCUUUGUUUCACCUUCCUUAGAUCCAGAGAACUAACUUGGGAAAUGUAGUUCUACUCCUGAAGAGCUUGGGUAUCAACGAUUUGAUUCACUUUGAUUUUAUGGACCCCCCUCCGGCUGAGACCCUUAUCAUUGCUCUCGAGCAGCUGUACGCACUGGGAGGACUGAACCAUCACGGGGAACUUACAAAGGUUUGUGACAGUGAAGAUUUCUUCGUGUUCUAAAACUACCUGCACCUGUGAAGAAUAUGCUCUGGGAUCGGAAAGAGAAUUUCUGCAACUGAUACCAGUGUAGUUAUGUUAUUAGAAGUUGGUGGUUAAGCCCUACAUUGAUAAUUUUCUCCGUUCUAAUAAGGAUAAUUCAAGCACCUAUCACGCUUAGAAGUGAGGGGGGCUAGACAGGAUCGUUCAGCGAAUGAUUGAAACUCUCUAACUGUCCUUGUUUCUUUGUUUCUCUCUUUCUUCAGCUUGGACGUCGCAUGGCAGAAUUUCCCGUUGAACCAACAAUGUCUAAAAUGUUGAUAGCAUCAGAAAAGUAGGAAAACUUAAAAUAUGCUUUUUUCAACCUUUUUAUCGUUGCUUACUAGAUUUGCCAAAAAUUUACCUCAAGCUUUUCCAGCGGUCACGGAGCUGAUCAGUCCAAACAAGCUGCCUUCACCACUUCUUGGUCACUUCCCUAUGGAGCGCUAAAAUUUCAUCUGACUUCAAUUUGAAACUCUUGUGUUAAACUGCGCUAAGAACAACUUUUAGAUAUGUUGAUUGUGAUCAUUUUGAAGGUGGUUGACAGUCAAAGUUCAGUGGAAGAGAAAGACAAUUUUGACUAUUGGAAACAAUCAAACUUGGAAAACCUUAGGUACAUUUGCACAAAUGUUCGCGUAGUCUGCGUCAUAAGGACUUAAGCCAGAUUGUCAUUUUCAAUUCUCUUUCAGGUACAAAUGUGUCGAACAGAUUCUUACCAUCACUGCUAUGUUAUCAGGGAACAACGCCAUUUUCUACCGUCCCAAGGAUAAAGUGGUACACGCAGACAACGCGCGCGUAAACUUCUUUCGUCCAGGCGGUGAUCAUCUGACAUUGUUGAACGUGUACGAUCAGUGGGUGGAGACUGGGUACUCUACCCAGUGGUGCUACGAGAAUUUCAUACAGCAUCGCUCUAUGAAGAGAGCACGAGACGUUAGGGAGCAGCUAGAGGGGCUGAUGGAGAGAGUAGAGAUUGAAAUUACGUCGAACCCAAAUGACUCCGUUCCUAUUAGAAAGGUAAGAGGUCAAUGAAAUCAGUUGACCCUUUGAACCUUUAGAGUAACUUGCAUCUGAUUUUUAGUUUAAUUUUCUUCAACAUUAGCCAUCCUUAUUUUCUCUUGGUUGAUUGCUUUCUCGCUCGUAGUUUCAUUGCUACCUUGAAAAUAGUUUGUAUUCUUCAUCGGUUUUGUUUUGCACGUCGCACAAGAAUAGCAAAAACAAUCUUGUAGCUACGUCUUUCCAAAAUCAUUUCUGUUGGACAACUUUAUAUGGAUUUCUUCCAAAUACUUUUCUAUUAAUGCCUAAGAAAAAUCCGCUCACUUCUUUGUUAAAUUAUUUUACGUACGGUUAGGUCAUGCACUUUUAAUAAUUUAUACAAACUUUCUGAUUGCGACCGUGCGCAUCGUAGAUUAUGGGUACGAUAUAGUUUUAUCAAAUAAGCUAUCAAUCUUGGGCGUGUUUGUGGAGCUUCAUGUAAGGGUAAGAGAGAGACGUUUCUCAUUUAUAUCUCGACACAUCUUUGCUGUCGUAAAUCAUCGUAUCCUUUCCUUUUAGGCGAUCACAUCGGGUUACUUUUAUCACACUGCCAGACUAGGCAAAAGUGGCCAAUAUCGGACGGUGAAACACCAGCAGGUAAAGUGCCUUAACUAACUAACUUUUAAAUAGUCUGCUUUGGAUAUAUUUAGGAAUGAUGUAUAGAAGCUGUUAACGCCAGGAGUUUAUGACGCAGGUAAGUUCACUUUCGUAGAAAUUCCUGAGACGCAUGAGAAGAGAGCAUGAGUGGGUGACGUGUUGUUUACUGUUCGCUUGAUGUCUUUGCUUAAGGAUCAGUGAUCAGGGGUCAACCAGCGCGCGGGAAAAUCACUUCCCAACGGCGUCCAUGUUUUUUUUCUUUAUCCCCACGAAUGGAUACGGGUGGUAUUAACGAAUUAGAUUGGUAGCGUGUGAUGGACUGGAUUACCUUUUCAGUGUGGUGAAAUACAUGUAUAGACAGCAGGAAUCUCAAGACCCCUUGUUAUCUUUUUUUUUUUUUAAUUGUUCUUCUUUGCAGACAGUCAUGAUUCACCCGAACAGCAGUCUGUUCCAGGACCAGCCCAGAUGGGUGAUCUACCACGAGCUUGUGUUCACCACUAAGGAGUUCAUGAGACAGGUAGGGAAGGUCCCGCUCCCGAAUCUGAACACCAAGAAUCACGCAAUAAUUAUAUCAUCGUUAUCAUGUGUGUACAUCAUCAUCUCUCUCUUACAUCCAAGAUAUUUUUUGCUGCAAAUAGGUCUGUGCAGUGCGGAAAAUGAAGGAAGUUCAAUAUACUAACGAUUGGAGUGGAACAUUUCUGAUAAAAAAUCUUGGUUUGCUAGGAAAUCUUAGCCUUUUGAUGUAAGAGUUAUUAACGAGCACGAAAUUGAAACUGAACGGACGCUUUUGGUCGGUUGAAGCGCUUUUCUUGUAGUACCAGGAACGAACGGAAAAAAAGUUGAUCGAUCUCUUGAAGCUCAUAAAAAAUACGAGGCAAAAUUAGCCUGCCUUCCUAGGUAAAACCCUGAUUUGUCAGACCAUUGCGUCAAUAACUGUUCGAAAAGUCGUGCUUCCAACCCAUAGUAGCUAUCUCCCGUUAGUCUUUUAUAGUACGCUUGACGUUUCCAAUCCCAAGAAACAAGCUAGCUUUGCCGCCUUCACGAGCAUGCUGGCAUGUAACCAGAAGCUAAAAUGAAUACUUUCUUACUAGAUCAUAGAGAUCGAAAACAAAUGGCUACUGGAGGUAGCGCCUCACUAUUACAAAGCCAAGGAACUAGAAGACAGCUCCAGUAAGAAAAUGCCCAAGACUUCUGGAGUCACGAGAGAGCAAGCCAGGUCGACCACGUGAUUUUAGGUUGUGUGUUAAAUAAUAUGUUGUGUCACGACAGUGUCAGAUUAGUUCUGGCUCGAGUGGAACCAACUGUGUUGGACCUAAGAUGAUCUUGUGUCUUCUGACUUGUUGUUUCGUUUCGUAAAGGAUGUGCGUUGGGGAGUGAUAGGGAGUAGAAAAACUAAUAGACUCCAGAUUUCAGCGAUAAACUCUGUUGUUGCCAUAUUAAAGCAACUUUUUUUAUGUGGUUUAAGUUUAGAACAUUUAGCUCAAAAGUCAGUGCAAAGAAAAAAAAACCCUAGAAUAAUGGGCACACUCGGUCACGAAAUCAAGCACUGACCUCACCUUAUAAUUUCGUCGUUUAUGCCCUGUGUAUAGUUAACAAUCGUGCUAAAUUUAAUGGAAAGCACUCUAGAGAGCACAUUCUUCGCAAAGGUAUUACCACAGGACAGUAGAUUUUUUUCACACCUCAUUUAUCAUAGAAAC